CCCCCCCCAGCACCCGGAGAUGCCGUUCUGCUUCUCGCUGGAGCGGGGGCUGCUGGUGCUGCUGCUCUGGUACCUGGGGCUGCUCCCGCUGCUGCCGCUGCCCGAGGCCGCGCUGCUCUUCCCGCUGCCCUCCAUCAUCAACCGGACGUAUUUUCCCCUCCCCCGCGGCCCGGCCGGACACGCCCUGAGCAGAGCGGCAGCGGCCCUGGUGCUCCGCCCCUCCCUCCUGAAGCACCUGAAGAGCCGCGGGCUGCAGGUGUGGCUGUGGGUGGUGAACGAGGAGCGCGACUUCGCGGAAGCCUUCGGCCUCGGCGCCACCGGAGUCAUCACCGACUACCCCGGGAGGCUCCGGAGGUUCCUGGAGGGCCCCUCCCCCACCCCGAGGGGCCCCUCCCCCACCCCGAGGGGCCCCUCCCCCACCCAAGGGGGAGAGCCCCUCCCCCUGCCGGAAAAUGGGGGAGGAACGGGGGAAAAUGGGGAAAAAACGGAAUAAAAAUGGUCAAAACGGAAUAAAAAUGGUCUGAAAAUGGCUCAAAAA